AUGAAUUUCCUAAAUACAUACUCGUUUGGCAUUUUUAAAUUAAAUCGCAAUUUAUCACAUAAAAAUGUUAUCAAAUAUUACUUUACAUCGAAAAGUAGUUAUUCUACACGUGAUUUAUUAAAAGAGGCAUAUUGUCGUACAAAAUUAAAAUGUAGAUCUAAAAAAUUACCUCAAGAUGUGAACCCUCAAGGUGUUUUUGCUUGUAAUGAGCUAGAUCUUUCUGAAGUGAAGGUUUAUGGGUUUGAUUAUGACUACACAUUGGCGCAUUACAAACCAUCUUUAGAACAUCUGUUGUACAACCUCGGUAGAGAUAUGUUACUAAAUAAGUAUAAGUAUCCGGCAGAGAUAUCAAAAUUAGAAUACAAACCCGAUUUCGCCGUUCGAGGAUUGCAUUACGAUAUUGAAAAGGGUUUAUUACUUAAGCUGGAUUCAUUUUUACAAAUUCAAUUUGGUGCUGUAUACCGAGGCUUAACGCCGGUUUCAACAGAAGAGGUCCUGAAAUUGUACAGAAAUAGAAUUAUACCUAUUGCUUAUGUAGAAGGUGAUACAAGAGUUCAUAAGGCUAAUAGAGCAAAAAUGGUGCACCUAGCAGAUCUGUUCUCAGUGCCAGAAAUGGGUCUAUUAUGUAAUGUAGCUGAAUUUUUUAUUAAGAAUCAAAUAGAUUAUCACCCGGAAAUAUUGUUCUUAGAUGUCAAGAAUUCAGUGAAGAGUUGUCAUCCGAUCAUGCAUAAGAUUGUGGCUCAGAAUGUUGAAGAAUACAUCCGACCGAAUACUGAUUUGAAGAAAUACUUCCAACUACUUCAAGAAAACGACAAGAAACUGUUUCUUGUAACAAACAGUCCGUACCACUUUGUUAACGCUGGUAUGGAGAUGCUGGUGGGUUCCGAAUGGAGGGAUUACUUCGACGUGGUCAUAGUUAACGCCAACAAACCCAAGUUUUUCACCGAAGUCUCACGCCCUAUACGAGUCUUCGAUAAAAACGCCAACACUCACAUCUGGGAGAAGGUCACGUCUUUAGAAAAAGGGAUAAUUUAUUAUGAGGGUACAGUGAAGCAAUUGCAGGAGCUAACAGGCUGGAGCGGUCACCAGGUGCUGUACUUUGGCGACCACCCGUACAGCGACCUGGCAGACGUGACGCUGGAGCACGGCUGGCGGACCGGGGCCAUUAUCAACGAACUAACGCACGAAAUAAAUACUCUCAACACGGAGACCUUCAAGCGUAACGCUAAUUGGCUUCAAAUGCUGACCCAGUUAAUAGAGGACCACCAGGACUAUAAGGAUCCUGAGGCGAUGCAGGUCAUCGCUGACUGGAUGGCCGAAAGGGACUAUCUCAGCAAAGCCACGGAUUUAAGAAAAGAAUGGAUUGGCAGAAAUUCAACCAAGUCGGUGUUCAACAAGCAGUUCGGUAGUGUGUUCCGGACGUAUCACAACCCUACGUAUUUCUCCCGGCGUUUGUUCAGAUUCGCUGAUAUUUACACAUCCAAUAUAAGGAACCUACUUCAAUUUUCGCUGACGCACACGUUUUACCCCCGCCGCGGGGUCAUGCCGCACGAAUAUGGAUCUUAUUUCGUUUAG